AUAUUGUACAUCUUGACGUUCGAUCUGAAUCGAACCAUCCCCAAUUCGAAUUCUGCAAACCCUAAUCGACACAAUUAACACAUUUUUUUUGUAUAAUCUCAUGAAACAAUGGGAGCAGCAGUCUCAGUGAAACCAUUAUUCCUCGUCAUUUUCACUUUCUCCGUGUUAAUUGCUGUCAUUUUACUCUCUCCUUCAACCAAGACGCCGUUUUCUCCCAACUCAGUUUCCCCAUCUUCAGAUUCAUCGUUAGGGAAAGUAUUGGGUGGUAUAUGGAGUGUUAAAAGGGUGGUGGAGUGGAGACCUUGUAAAUGGUGGCUUCAAGGCCAUCUCACAGCUCUGCCAGUGAAAAAUAAUGGAUAUAUUCGAGUGGAUUGCUAUGGUGGCCUCAAUCAGAUGAGAAGAGAUUUUUGUGAUGGUGUUGGUAUAGCCCGAUUGUUAAAUGCAACUCUAGUUUUGCCGAAGUUUGAAGUGGCUUCAUACUGGAAUGAAUCUAGCGGCUUUGCAGAUAUAUUCGAUGUAGAUUACUUCAUUCAACAGAUAAUUGGUUUUGUUAAAGUCGUUAAAGAAUUGCCACCAGAAAUCGCAUCAAAAGAACCAUUUCGUGUAGACACUAGCAAACGCAAAGGUCAAUUUGAUUACAUUGAAAGUGUCCUUCCCUCCCUAUUGGAGCACCAGUAUAUUUCUCUCACGCCGGCAAUGAGCCAAAGAAGGGACAGGUAUCCUCAGUAUGCAAAAGCUGCUCUUUGUCAAGCUUGUUAUAGUGCAUUGCGUCUUACACAAUCUUUAGAAAAGAAGGCUAAAGAACUUCUGGAAGCUAUACCGAAACCCUUCCUUUCACUCCACCUUCGAUUUGAACCUGAUAUGGUAGCAUACAGCCAAUGUGAAUAUCCAGGCCUUUCUUCCGCUUCCAUGGAAGCGAUUGAAGCUGCAAGGGUAGAUAGAAAACCAUGGACUGGAGAAUCGGCUCGUGUUUGGAGAAGACGAGGCAAGUGUCCCCUCACACCUAAUGAGACGGCCCUCAUACUUCAGGCACUUUCCAUUCCUACAAACACAAAUAUAUAUCUUGCAGCUGGAGAUGGCCUGAUGGAAAUUGAAGGGUUAACGUCUGUCUACACCAAUGUUUUUAUAAAGUCCGCGCUCCUUAGCGGUGAGGAUUUCACAAACAUGCAUGGAAACACAAAAGCUGCAUUGGAUUAUUAUGUAUCUAUCAACAGUGAUUCGUAUAUGGCAACAUAUUUUGGUAAUAUGGAUAAGAUGGUUUCUGCGAUGAGAGCUUAUAGAGGAAUGUAUAAAACCCUAUUCUUGAGCCGGAGAGACUUUGCCGAAUUCACCUUUCAGGGUUUAACGGGGAAUGAACUGAUGCUAGCCUUAUGGAAAGCUCACAAAGCUGAUUUUGUUCUGGGUAGAGGGUCUGCUUUGCCCGACUGCUUUUGUGAAUUCAAAUUGUGACAUGGGACUUGUUUGUCAUUUCCCAUGGUUUAAUUCUGUAUAAUGAAUUUUGUAUUGUAUGCCACAUUGUUUUUCAAUUUUUAUGUGUUUUUUUAGAAAGUUUUGAGACAUAUUUCACAUGUAAAGAACUUUUACAGACACUAUCAUUUCUACUUCAAUAUAUCUUGCUGAUGGACUCAUUCAUCUCA